AUGGCCAAAGAUCCCACCAUGGCACACCACGGCCAGGCACCCCACCGUGGCCAGGCACCCCACCGUAGCCAGGCACCCCACCAUGGCCAGGCACACCACGGCCAGGCACCCCACCGUGGCCGGGCAUCCCACCAUGGC